AUGAAAACCCAGGAGCGUGGGUCGCCGACCGUCCUUACCCUCGCCAGCCCCUGGGCCGGCACCGUGGCUGAAACCCAGCAUGGAUUUCAUCUUGGGAACACUGUGGCUCCAGUUCUGAGACUCAAGAAACGACAGAUGGAGAGGAGAACGAGGACCACCUGCGAAAAGAGCGCGAGGAGGGAAGCAGGGGAGCGGUGGGGCGCGCACCUGCGGCGGGGCAGGCAAAGGCGGAGGAGGAGCGAAGUGGACGAGCGCCUGAGGCUGCCAGAGGAUCUGGGCAGCCCGGGCAGUCGCGGCAUUGAGAAUGCCUCGCAGCUCCUUUACUGGCUCGGACACUGGGGAUCACGGGUACUCUUGAGUUUUGGUUUCUUCCUGGAGAAAAUCACCCACACUUUGGCAGUGGGCUCCUACAUUGCCUACACCCAACUCUUGGAAGCAAGAAGAGUGUGGAAAGUCAAGGUCUCCACACAAAAGAAAAAACUUUUCCUACUUUUUCAUAUGAGUCCUCCGUUGACCGUUAACAGAGGUUUCCAGGAAAUGUUUUAUUUUAACGAGGAAAUGGAAUUGCUGAAGAAAUACAGGAAAAUGAAUCAAUUGUAUGGAAAAUCGAACAUUUCAGCCCAUCAGUUUAUUCUGAGGUUCUUCUCUCCAGCCAACUGCCUGAGGGCAUUUUCUCCCACAGCCAAGAGGGAGGUAGGCUCGGACCGAGGAGAGGACCCUGGUUCGUUCUGGCCAGGCCUGUCACGGGCUUCCCAAGAGCAACUCGCUCCGCUAUUUCCGUCGCUCAACAGACCGCUGGAGCUCUUUGGCAGGAGCAAGGGAAUGUUUGGAUUUUGUUUAGCGCUUCAGGACCCUGAUACUGUAGCUUCUGAGGGAGCUGGCAGGGAUUUCCCGAAUUCCUGCGUGCCUGUGUUUAAAGAUAAUCAUUAUAUGUUUCCAAUUCCACUUUUAAUUCCUACAUAUGGAUCCACCGGCAUUCGGGAUGUACACCUUGAACUGAAAGAUUUAACACUUUUCGGCCAAAGAGGGGACUUGCACUUUAUCAGUUUUCCAACCCAGGACCUGUCUACUUUUAUCCAAAUGGGAAGAGAUAAAAACUUGUCAACCUUGCAAAGGGUGCUAUGUGCUACAAGAGGUGGUGCCUACAAGUUUGAAAAAGAUUUUCGCACAAUUGGAAACCUCCACUUGGAUGAACUUGACUGUCUUAUAAAGCGUUUGCUGUGUAUAGACUCUGUCAGUUUCAAUGGACAAGCAGAGUGCUGUUAUUUAGCUAAUGCAGAACCUCAGCGACGCCAAAAGAUGCCUUUUAACCCGGAUGAUCCCUAUCUGCUGCUUGUAGUGAGCAUUGGCUCAGGAGUCAGUAUUUUAGCAGUCCAUUCCAAAGACAACUACAAACGAGUGACUGGGACAAGCCUUGGAGAGGGUACCUUUCUGGGUUUAUGCAGUUUAUCGUAUGGCUGUGAAAGUUUUGAAGAGGCUCUUGAAAUGGCAUCCAAAGGUGACAGCACACAAGCUGACAAGCUGUCCUGUGAUAUUUAUGGAGGAGAUCAUGAAAGAUUUGGUUUGCCAGGUUGGACUGUAACAUCUAGUUUUAGGAAUAUGAUUUAUAAGGAGAAGAGAGAAUCUGUUAGUAAAGAAGAUCUGGCAAGAGCUACUUUAGUUACUAUCACCAAUAGCUUUGGUUCUGUGGCACGAAUGUGUGCUGUUAAUGAGGAAAUAAACAGAGUUGUCUUUGUUGGAAACGUUUUACAUGUCAAUUCCCUCUCAAUGAAACUUUUGGCAUAUGCACUGGGUUUCUGGUCAAAAGGUCAACUGAAAGCAUUGUUUCUAGAACCUGAGGAAUACUUUGGAGCAGUUAGUGCACUUUUGGGCUGA